AUGGUCCCAGAAGAAUUGGCACAACAGAUUUAUUUAUAUCAUUUCUUCGAACUUUAUAAAACAAAACCUAUGCAAGAUUUAAGAAUCUUUUGUCCUUCAAGAAAUCGUCAGGAUUCACUAACAAAAGAAAGUCCAUUAAAUUCUACUCCAAGAGCACCUCAUUUCCUUACAAGAUUAAUAUAUCAUCAUAUUUUAAUUGCAGCUCAACAAUCUGCAUAUACUAGUCGCCGUCCUUUGUUAUUAACACAUUGGAUUCAGACGGGUAUUGCGUGUAAAGCAUUAGGUGAUAUGUCAGGUUGGAUGGCUGUUGCAUCAGCUAUAUGUUCACCAGGAGUUGUACGUUUGAAAGAAACAUGGAGACGGGUGAAUGAACGUUGGAAAGAUAUUGUUGUAAAUGAAUGGAUUCCACUUCUGUUGGCUUAUGGAGGUAUCGAUGGAGAAGCUGAUAUUGAAAACAUAAAUUCUUUGCUCUUGGUUAUACAAGAUAAAAAGGAAAAGAAUAAAACUAAACCAAUUCCUUAUUUUGGCUUCAUUACUAUCGCAUUGGACCGGAUUAAUUCAACAAUACCGUCGGUGAUUGAUCGAUAUUCAAAUGAUCAAAUUCGUGUUGGAUCCAGAAAUAAUAGUAUUUCAGGGUCAAGUAUCAUUAAUUUUGAAAAAUAUCGAAAAAUGUAUGAUACAAUUAUUCAUUCUCUCAAUCAAUGGGAACAAGCUGAAAGUUAUAUGAAAUUUGAUGAAAAUUCAU